UCAACCAUGUCAUUGUGCUGUGUUUUGCUCAUGAUCAUCUGACGUGUUCGAUUUAGUGUUGUAGAGCAUUACCGAUCCAACUAAGGAAACCAAGAGUGACACCCUCACUUGGCACGGCUGGAGGUUGCAGCACUGGCUGCCGGUGAUGGUGGUGGGAGAGAGGAGAGGCAGAGAGGUGUCGUUCGGUGGCUGGUGGAGUAGAGUGGUGGAGGAGAAACAAGCUAGUGGAGGAGGAGCACUGGCUGCAUGGUGAUGCUCCGUAAGCAUCAACCUAGCUUUAAAAUCAUGGCCCACACCUUGUUUCCACUUUAAUCAUGUCAGCGUGUCACCCUCUGUUAGAACUAUGGCCUUGUUCGUGUAAUGGUGUCGUCUUGGUGAAGAUGGUGUUGAGGCCACCCAUGUGUUCAUAUGUUUAUUGUUUUGAUGUGUUGCAUUUUGCCGUUCCAGUAUGUUGCACUUUUAUUCCAACAUGUGGUAUUACAACCUUUUCCUCAGCUGGUUUGCAGUUGCACGUUUUGUGAAGAGCAAUCUAACUGAAAGACCAGUCAAUAACUUAGCUUACACACAUGUAGCAUAAUCAUCGCAGAGUAUUUACUAGACAGUGAGACCAUGAUCAUGAUAAUUCCAUGUACUUACACAUAAAAACUUGUUGCAGAUGGCAGCUGUGCUCCCGUGUCCAACAAUUGGGCUCAAGAGCGAUUCUAAUAUGUUGGAGGUGAUGGUAGCUGAACUGAACAAUAAUGAACACGGAUAUUGCAAUUCGAUGCCAACAGAUAGCUCUAACCGUACUGUGCAACAAAUUGCUGACAGGGAAACAUCAUCAGUUGUGGAAGAAGUAAUCAUUGGAAGGACAGAGGAAAAACAAAAAAUACUAUCUAUUUUAUCCGAGAGCAUCACAGAAAAAAUGAUCAUCCUUCCAAUAUAUGGCAUUGGAGGCAUUGGCAAGACAACCUUGGCACAAUUGAUAUUCAAUGACCCACAGUUCCAAGACUACACUCGGGUGUGGAUAUAUGUUUCUCAGGAAUUCAACUUGAAUAAGAUUGGCAAUUCUAUAAUAACACAGUUAACAGACAAGAUCAGCAAUAUACCUACCAAACAGAUGCUUCAUAAAUGCCUUGAAGAGCUAUUUGCUAGUAGGAGCAUCCUUGUUGUUGUAGAUGAUCUGUGGGAAGAGAACCCAAAAGAGUUUCAUAAAUUGAAGGUUAUGCUAGGGCUUGGCCUGGGAAGCAAGGUGAUUAUAGUAACUACACGUGAUGGAGGCCUCGCAAGGAAAAUUUGUAGUCCUGCAGUUACACCAUAUAAGCUGGAGACUUUGAGAGUUGAUGAGUGCUGGACUAUAAUUAAACAAAAAGCUGACUUUGAAGGCCGAGUCGACCAAGAACAAUUGGAGCAUAUAGGAAGGGAGAUUGCGACCAAGUGUGGAGGAGUCCCCUUAGCGGCUCAAUCACUUGGAUACAUGUUGAACGGUAUGACUUCAGAUGAUUGGGAGUCGGUGAGAGAUAGUUAUAUCUGGAAUCUAUCAACUUCGGAGGGCCACGAAGUGCUUGCAUCCUUACUGUUAAGCUAUAGCCAGAUGUCUGCUUGGUUGAAGUUGUGCUUUUCCUAUUGUGCAAUCUUUCCAAAAGGUUACAUAAUAGUGAAGUAUGAUCUAAUUUACCAAUGGAUUGCUCUUGGGUUCAUCAAGCAAUCUAGGAUAUUUGAUUUUAUGCAGCUCUCAGAGAAUUAUGUCACACAACUUUUGGGGAUGUCCUUUCUUCAAUAUUCAAAGAGACCUUUGGUGAGAUCCUACAUAAUUUUCUCUUAUUUUUAGGUAUUUUAGUUCACAUACUAUAUAUUUUUGAUGACUCUGGGGAAAAAGUAUUAUAUUGUGCAUAUGCUCGUAUUGCAAUUAUUUUGCAUAUUUUUUUUGAAAAAAUCAGAAAUGUGUAUGUAGUAUACGAUGCUAUGCUCACUAACAAAAAAAAAGAAUGAAUAUAUGUUCGUGAUUGUACAAAUCAAGAUAAAUUUGUGGCACACAUCGUUUAUCCAUUAUGGCCAAUUUUUUCAGUUAUAGAUAACAAAUAUGAACAGUUUUAGUUUGUACUGGUACU